AUGACCAUGAAGAACCAAACCACUAUCAGAUUUUUUCUUCUGUCAGGUGUUUCUAGUGACCCACAGAUGCAGCCUUUUCUUUUUUUUUUGUUUCUACUUAUAUACCUAGUAACUGUUAUGGGGAAUGGAACCAUCAUGGUGGUGAUAAAAGCAGAUGCUCACCUUCACACCCCUAUGUAUUUUUUCCUAUUUCAUUUAUCCUGCCUGGACAUUUGCUUUUCUUCAGUCACUGUCCCAAAGAUGUUGCAGAAUUUCUUGGCUGAGAGGAAAACCAUUUCAUUCCCUGGUUGCAUUGCCCAAAUGAGCAUUAUUCUUCUUGUGGGCUGUGCAGAAGUUUUCGUGCUAUCAGUAAUGGCCUUUGAUCGAUAUGCUGCCAUCUGUGACCCACUGCGUUAUUUUGGGACCAUGAAUAACCAAGUACGCAUAAGACUCGUGGGUGGUGCAUGGCUUAUCAGUAUAGUUUUUGCACUGAUAAAUACUGCUCCUGUGUUAAAUUUACAUUUCUGUGGUCCCACGGAAGUGAAUAAUUUCAGUUGUGAGUUCCCAUCUCUAUUACAACUGUCCUGCACAGAGACCUUCAUCAGUAAAAUGACAUUUCUCACUACAACUAUGCUUGCAAGUUUGACCUCCUUCUCCAUCACCCUGGUCUCUUACAUCUGCAUCAUCUCCACUAUCUUGAAGAUACGGUCUGCAGGGGGUAGAGGAAAAGCCUUUUCUACCUGCAGCUCCCACCUCACUGUGGUUGUUCUGUAUUAUGGGGCUGCUUUGUUUCGGUAUCUGAGACCCAGUUCAUCCUCUUCAGUGGCUCUUGACAGACUCUUCUCAAUCCAGUGCAGUAUUUUAACUCCCAUGUUAAAUCCUAUCAUCUAUAGCCUGAGGAACAAGGAGAUAAAAGCAGCUCUGGGGAUUAUCCUGGGGAAAAUUAAAAACCUGUGUAUGUAA